AUGAGCGAGGCCAAAGCACUUAAAGUCCGGUUGACUUUCUCCAUCAUCCUGGUGGGUGUCUGUUUGUUAAUGGCUGCAGUGGUGACAGAUCAUUGGGCAGUUCUGAGCCCGAAGGUGGAAAAAUACAAUGCCACCUGUGAGGUGGCCCAUUUUGGUCUCUGGAGGCUCUGCACCAAACGGAUCUACGUGAGCAACACCAAUGACAAGAGCUGUGGACCUAUCAACCUGCCAGGGGAACGGAAUUGUUCAUACUUCAGGCAUUUUAACCCAGGAGAGAGCUCAGAAAUCUUUGAAGUCACCACACAGAAAGAAUACAGCAUCUCUGCAGCAGCCAUCUCCAUCUUCAGCAUCGGUUUCACCAUCUUGGGGACCAUCUUCAUCUUUCUGUCCUUCGGGAAAAAGAAGGAUUACCUUCUGAGACCAGCAGCUCUGUUCUAUGCUUUUUCAGGCCUCUGUAUCAUCGUCUCUGUGGAAGUCAUGCGGCAGUCAGUGAAGCGGAUGAUUGACAGUGAGGAGACGGUCUGGAUAGAGUACUAUUAUUCCUGGUCCUUUGCCUGUGCCUGCAGCUCCUUUGUCCUCCUCUUCAUCUGUGGCAUUGCUCUCCUACUCAUCUCCCUGCCCCGUAUGCCCCAGAAUCCCUGGGAGUCUUGUAUGGAUGCUGAGCCUGAGCACUAG